AGGUCUGAACCACAGUUCCCAGCGGCCCGUGCGCGGCUGCCCAACCCGUGGCACCAGAGGAUUGCAUGGCGGAGCCCCCAGCCUCCCCAGACACCCCCUGCUCCCCCGCGGCCCGGGACGGGCUCGACCGACCCGUAAGGAGCGAGAGCUCAUGCGAGGACCGCAGCAAUGCUGAAUCCUUGGACCGGCUCCUGCCACCUGUGGGUGCUGGCCGCUCACCUCGGAAGCGCACUACCAGCCAGUGCAAGUCUGAGCCCCCGCUGCUGCGCACCAGCAAGCGAACCAUUUACACGGCGGGCCGGCCGCCCUGGUACAACGAGCACGGCACACAGUCCAAGGAGGCCUUCGCAAUUGGCCUGGGAGGUGGCAGUGCAUCUGGGAAGACCACUGUGGCCAGGAUGAUCAUCGAGGCCCUGGACGUGCCUUGGGUGGUGCUGCUGUCCAUGGAUUCCUUCUACAAGGUGCUGACCAAGCAGCAGCAGGAGCAGGCAGCCCAGAACAACUUCAACUUCGACCACCCAGAUGCCUUUGACUUUGACCUUAUCGUGUCCACGCUCAAGAAGCUGAAGCAGGGCAAGAGUGUCAAGGUGCCCAUCUACGACUUCACCACCCACAGCCGCAAGAAAGACUGGAAAACACUCUAUGGUGCAAACGUCAUCAUCUUCGAGGGCAUCAUGGCUUUCUCUGACAAGACGUUGCUGGAGCUCCUGGAUAUGAAGAUCUUCGUGGACACAGACUCAGACAUUCGCCUGGUGCGGAGGCUGCGCCGAGACAUCAGCGAGCGCGGCCGAGACAUUGAGGGUGUCAUCAAGCAGUAUAACAAGUUCGUCAAGCCUGCCUUCGACCAGUACAUCCAACCUACCAUGCGCGUGGCUGACAUCGUCGUGCCGAGGGGGAGUGGGAACACGGUGGCCAUCGACCUCAUCGUACAGCACGUGCACAGCCAGCUGGAGGAGAGGAAGCUGCGCUGGGAUAUGGCCGCGCUGGCCUCUGCACACCAGUGCCACCCGCUGCCUCAGACUCUGAGCGUCCUCAAGAGCACCCCGCAGGUGCGAGGCAUGCACACCAUCAUCAGGGACAAGGAGACCAGCCGCGACGAGUUCAUCUUCUACUCCAAGAGGCUGAUGCGGCUGCUGAUUGAGCACGCGCUCUCCUUCCUGCCCUUCCAGGACUGCGUGGUGCAGACCCCACAGGGGAAGGACUAUGCGGGCAAGUGCUACGCCGGGAAGCAGCUCAGCGCGCUGCCCACAGAUCACGGGCGUGUCCAUCCUGCGCGCCGGGGAGACCAUGGAGCCGGCGCUGCGGGCCGUGUGCAAAGACGUGCGCAUCGGCACCAUCCUCAUCCAGACCAACCAGCUCACCGGGGAGCCCGAGCUGCACUACCUGCGGCUGCCCAAGGACAUCAGCGACGACCACGUGAUCCUCAUGGACUGCACGGUGUCCACAGGGGCGGCCGCCAUGAUGGCGGUGCGCGUGCUCCUGGACCACGACGUGCCGGAGGACAAGAUCUUCCUGCUGUCCCUGCUCAUGGCGGAGAUGGGCGUCCACUCCGUGGCCUACGCCUUCCCGCGCGUGCGCAUCAUCACCACGGCGGUGGACAAGCGCGUCAACGACCUGUUCCGCAUCAUCCCCGGCAUCGGCAACUUCGGAGACCGCUACUUCGGGACGGACGCCAUCCCCGACGGCAGUGACGAGGAGGAGGUGGCCUCCACCAGCUAGUCCGCGAGGACCCCGGCCCAGCCUGUCUGUGCAGGCCGCGGCCACGCGCUGACCCGCGAGGGAGAGGAUAGCACUGAUGUGAUUUAUUAUGUGCAUUUUGUAAAAUAAAGCUUCAGAAAUUGCAGCUGCGGGGUCCCGGGAGGUGGUGCACAAAGAGCAAGGCUUGAAAGCAUGAGGCCCUGAAUUGGAGCCGCAGCACCACAUAUACCCGGGAUGCCGGGGUGUGUGUGUGUGUGUGUGUGUGUGUGUGUGUGUGUGUGUGUACAUGCUAGUGCGCACAGGAGGAAGGAGGGAAAAGGUCUGUGUUUGUGUAAGUGGCGGGGGGAAGGAGUGCAAGUGUGUGAGUGAGUGAAUGAUGUGGGUGUGAGAGUAUGAGUGAACUGGCAUAAGGUUGUGCAUGAGUGUGAGCAGGAGCCUAAUCCCUCCCCAUGGGCAGCAGCCAGUGCUCUAGCUCCUUGCUCAGCUCUUUCUGAUACUUUGGGCUCUGGGGUCCCCACUGACCUCGUACCUACAGAACCUGGCUCUGCAGCCAUGGGGCAGUGACCUGGCAGACCCUGACCUGAGGGGUGCCUCCAGCCCACAGUACAGGGUGUGUGUGUGUGUGUGUGUGUGUGUGUCCCCUUCUCUGUCAACUAUGAAUAAAUGAAUCUUGAAAAGGAAA